AUGGCUUCCCAAGUGUAUCAGAACUACCACAAGGACUGUGAGGAUGGUGUUAACAAGCAGAUUAAUAUGGAGCUCUAUUCCCUCUCUGUUUAUCUCUCCAUGUCCUCUUACUUUGACUGGGAUGAUGCUGCCCUGCAUCACUUUGCCAAGUUCUUCUGGAUGCAGUCCCAUGAGGAAUGGGAGCAGAUGGAAUUCCAGAAUUGGCAGGGAGGCAGGAUCUUGCUUGAGGACCUCAACGAAUGCAGAGCAAAGCCAGAGCAGGAUGAGCGGAGCAAUGGUCUGGGGACAAUGCAGAGAGCUCUGCAGAUGAAGAAGGAUGUGAAGCAGAGUCAUCUGGAUCUGCACAAACUCUCCACUCAGCACACUGACUCUCAUCUGUGUGACUUCCUGGAGAGCCACUUCUUGGAUGAGCAAGUGAAGAUGAUCAAGAAGCUUGAAGAUCACAUCACCAACCUAAUAAGACUGGGAGCCCCUAAGAAUGGCCUGGGACAGUACCUGUUUGAUAAGCUCUCCCAGGAGGAAUAUGAAUAG